AAUUAGUCAAACUUUGACAAAUUGAGCAUCCAGAUUUUGAAAGUAGACCAAAAUCAAAGUCAAUUCCACAUUUAGAUAUAUAAGAGAACUCAUCCACUCUCUUACACAAAUCAUAAAAACAGAGUUUUUUUUCUGCAAACUGGCGCAAGUUAACAAUCAUUAGUAAGUGAUGCAGGUUAUGAGAAGGAUCCCAUCAGGAGAAGGUGCAGAGAUGCGUGAAAGACCAGAGACGACUCGGGUCAGACGUAGGAGUCACGGUUCGGCCCUGAGAGUUAGACAGGCUUGCACGUGUUCAGGACGGCCUGGCUCGGCCAAGUGCGUACGGCACGGGUUUAUGGUGCCAAGUGACGGAAGCAGAGAGGUGUUGCGAAGAGCUUUAACGCCUCCUAUCCGGCGGAUGAAUCUCCGGUGGUUGAAUUUCCGACCAACACCUAGCAGACUCUGUAAUAUGUCUUUCGUUUGAUUAUAACAUUUGUAUACUCGAAGCUGAGAAUUUUUUUCUUAUUGUUUGUUUGAAUGUAAAUUAAACGUUGAGAUCUUUUUAUUUUAGCAAUGUUGAAACGAACCGAUCCGGUAAUAGAAGAAACUUGUAUUCUGUUAUGGUGCAAGAAAGUGUUUAGAAAAUUUUGUAGGCAAGAACGUGUCUAGCUUAAAGUUAUGUGGUGCCACGUUUUUUCAAGACUUGUACAGAGUACAGUCUCUUAGGUUUAGGAUUGUGUAGCUAGCAAAAAUUUGUAGUUAAAUAACCAUCGAUAACGACCUGAGUCAAAUACUAUAAGUUUGUGAUUCUAGCACUCUUUCUUUUAUCUCCCACAGCUUCAUCUUGAAAUGUCACAUGAUUUCCACAGUUCCUCUUCUUGCUAACCUACAGUUCCACAUGA